AUGGGUCGUCUUGCCGGUCACUGCGACACUGCCACUCCUUGCGUUGCCAACCCCCAGCUCCCCACCUUUUGCCACCGCUGCGCGCACCCCAUGAGGAAGCCCCACCCCAAGGGAUGGAAGGCUAAGAAGGGCGAAGAGGAGACGGCCAGCACCGCCGACGCCGACGAGGACAACAAGAAGUGA